ACGGAAAAGAAGACGCUCGCUCCCGGGACCAUGACUUCGAGCAAAAUCGAGAUGCCAGGUGGGGUGAAGGCGGACCCGGCGGCGCUGAUGGCAUCCUUGCAUCUUCUCCCUUCUCCCACCCUCAACCUGGAAAUCAAGUACACCAAGAUUUUUAUCAACAAUGAGUGGCAAAACUCAGAGAGUGGGAAAAUAUUCCCUGUGUACAACCCUGCGACAGGAGAGCAGAUCUGUGAGGUGCAAGAAGCUGAGAAGCUUGAUAUAGACAAAGCGGUGCGGGCCGCUCGCCUGGCCUUUUCGCUGGGCUCCGUGUGGAGGAGGAUGGAUGCCUCAGAAAGGGGACGCCUCUUGGACAAGCUGGCUGAUCUGGUGGAAAGAGACAGAGCCCUCCUUGCUACCAUGGAGUCGCUGAACAGUGGGAAGCCUUUCCUGCAGGCUUUCUACGUUGACCUUCAGGGCGUCAUCAAGACCUUGCGGUAUUACGCUGGCUGGGCAGACAAGAAUCAUGGGAUGACCAUUCCUGUGGACGGAGAUUAUUUCACCUUUACAAGACAUGAGCCCAUCGGUGUGUGUGGACAGAUCAUUCCUUGGAAUUUCCCCCUGCUGAUGUUUGCGUGGAAGAUUGCGCCCGCACUUUGCUGUGGCAACACCAUUGUAAUUAAGCCAGCGGAGCAAACCCCUCUCACGGCGCUCUAUAUGGGAGCCCUCAUCAAGGAGGCUGGGUUUCCACCAGGGGUGGUCAACAUUUUGCCAGGGUUUGGACCCACGACAGGUGCAGCCAUUGCUUCUCACCUGGGGAUAGAUAAGAUUGCCUUCACUGGAUCCACCGAGGUUGGGAAGCUGAUCCAAGAAGCAGCUGGAAGAAGUAACUUGAAGAGGGUGACUCUGGAACUGGGAGGGAAGAGCCCCAAUAUUAUAUUUGCAGAUGCAGAUUUGGACUACGCAGUGGAACAGGCUCACCAAGGGGUCUUCUUCAACCAAGGCCAGUGCUGCACAGCCGGCUCACGGAUCUACGUGGAAGAGUCGAUCUAUGACGAGUUUGUCCGAAGGAGCGUGGAUCGUGCCAAGAGGAGGGUGGUUGGGAGUCCUUUUGACCCAACCACAGAACAAGGUCCACAGAUUGACAAGAAGCAAUACAACAAGAUACUGGAACUUAUUCAGAGCGGCAUUGCUGAAGGGGCACAUCUGGAGUGUGGCGGCAAAGGGCUGGGCAGGAAGGGAUUCUUCAUUGAGCCCACGGUCUUCUCCGACGUGACGGACGACAUGCGCAUUGCCAAGGAAGAGAUCUUUGGGCCCGUUCAGGAAAUCUUGCGAUUUAAAACCAUGGAUGAAGUCAUUGAAAGAGCCAACAACUCUGACUUUGGACUGGUGGCUGCUGUCUUCACCAACGACAUCAACAAGGCCUUGACCGUCUCCUCGGCAAUGCAAGCGGGGACAGUCUGGAUCAAUUGUUACAAUGCCUUAAAUGCCCAAAGUCCUUUUGGAGGAUUCAAAAUGUCUGGAAACGGGAGAGAAAUGGGGGAGUGCGGACUGCGAGAAUAUUCUGAAGUGAAGACGGUGACGAUAAAGAUUCCUCAGAAGAACUCAUAAGGCGAUGAGGCAUGCGCUGUCAUUGCAGUAUCUCUGGCGACCCCCUGCAUUCCUUUCUGGGGGCUAGCUCUCAGGAAUUUUUAAGAAGUGACACCUAGGAUAUUUCUAAAAAUAGUAUUGCAAACAGGUUCAUAAUUCAACUGGAUGAGUUCCCCGCCCCACCACCCCACCCUUGCUCAUUGCUGGCCACAAACAACUCCUUUUAAUACAGUGCAGUAGAGAUCCAUUUCAGAAGGAAGGUUCCUGC